AGAGAGAGAGAGAGAGAGAGAGAGAGAGAGAGAGAGCGCACAUUCAACACACUGAACAAGCAGUCACCCCAGGAAUCACAUUGUUAUCCAUCACACCUAUUUUUUUCCAGGACAAGUAGAUGUGAGCAGUGUGCACAUAUUGACAGAUGAGAGUAGCCUAAAUAAAAAAAAGCCUUGUGAGACAAGCUGCUUGAUUUUCGAGGGUGGAUAUCAGCUUGUUGGCCAACGGUCCGCUGGAGAAACAAGUGUUACCAUGGAAACUAUUCUGCUCUUCCUCUCUUCACUCCUGGUGUGUGUGGCUGCUGUGGCAGACCCGAGUGCACAGGAUGGCAAGGAGACAGUUGAAAACCCAUUUAAUUAUGAUUAUGAGAGUCUGAGGAUUGGGGGAUUGGCAUUGGCCGUGGUGCUGUUCACACUGGGCAUUCUUCUCAUCCUUAGUCGACGAUGCCGCUGCAGUAUCAACCAGAAGCCCAGGGCCCCCGGAGACGAGGAGGCAAAGGAUGAGAACCUGAUUGUCUCCAAGGCUGCAGAGCCUGUCAAAGAGACUCCAGCAGAGAACUGAGGGAACUCCACCGGACCGAGCUGCCUUCUGAUGUGAUGAUCAGUUUUAUUUGAUAUGAACCCACCAUAACAGUGAAGAAAUGGAUAAAUAUUAUGAAUGGUUAUAUGACAGGGUAAGAGGGUAUACGUGUAGAGGUGUGAUAUGUACAUAAUUCUUGUUCCCUAAAGACAAACCUUUAGCCCACUGUGCUCCGUUGUGACCGUGCUUGUCCAUCAGUGCUCUUGUCCGUUUCUGUGCCUUUCUGUGACAGUCUCUUACUCCAGUUCUAUGUCUUAGCCAGUAGCACCUUUGACACAAGAUUGUCUUUUAAGCUCUAGAAGAUGUUUAAAUGUUGUGUGCUCUGCUGUUCUCUGUUUUAUACUUCUAUUUAUUGCCUUUAGGUUUUAGGAUUUGUCAAUUUGUUGUUUAUUUUGUCAAUUGUCCUGGAUAAUGUUUGUUAAAUUUGGAUUAUAACAUAUAUGCCUAUAUACUGUAUACAUGUAUAAGUAUAUAUAUAUAUAUAUAUCUAUAUAUAUAAACAGAUAGUUUACAGAUAAGAUAUACAGUUAAAUAUCCUUAAUUUAGGUCUACGUUUGAAUGGUUGGGUGUGUUUGCAUGCACAUAUGUGUGUGCAUAUCCUGUAUAUAUAUGAUUGUGUAUAUCACAAGUGCAUGUGUAUAUAUACAUGUAAAUGUGAUGAGCCUUAUAUAAGACAAUCUCAACUGCCACAGCUCUCUGACCGAGCACAGGAAUGGUUCGCAGGGAUCAGCAUGAGCUCCUUCACCGCAACAUUUUACCAUCUAUAGUGGAGGGAGCUCCUGCAUCAGCUGUCUCACUGCCUUCUUCUCCACACAUCCACCCCACUGCUCCGUCACUGGCUCCACCAGGAUUAGCUAGUCUCCAACAGACUAUGAUUAGUUUCCCCAUAAACACUCACUACUGCCGCAAAGCUAUGAAGCCUGGGUCUCUUUGUUGUUUGUUUAUUAAAUUGCUUGCUCAGGCUCUCUGAUGCCGUGAUGCUUUAAAUGGCCAUACAUGUAGUACAUUUCUGUGGGUGCUGAGAUUGAGAGAAGUGAAAAUUUAAAAAGACUACAUUAAUAGUAGCCUAAGUAAAAUCAUAGCGAGGGAACAAAUGAACAACCCUUGUUGUAAAUCUCCAGUCAGGUCAGGCUUUCACCAAUCUUAAGUGUUUUAAAGACGAAGGUUGUACAAGUAAAUGCUUGUUUAAUUUGACGUGUGAGGCCUUGUUGUGUAGCCACCUGUUGUGCUUUUGACAUAAAUAAAUAAAAGAAUGUCUGAACACACGUAA